AUGCCUAUGGCAGCCGGGACGACGAUCGUCAUGGCGCUGCCUACACAGAAACCUCGCAUCGGCUUCAGCAUCGAGUCGAUCGUCGGUGGUGGCCAGAACCGGCGGCCCCCGAAAGCCCCGUCGCCAACGCCGCCACCCUUCUCCCCCAACAGCGAAUCGUCCGCCGAGCAACCGUUGAGUCCACUGGGCGAAGGUCACUUCCCGGCGGCCGAACAGCAAUCACACUUCUUCCGAGGCCAAGCUCCAAACGGGAGUGACAGUUUCCUCCAUCGGCCGUACGGGUCGUUUCCACAGCAUCAGCGCGAGUUCCAACGGGUACCUCGAGGUUCCGGUAUCUCCGGGACGUCUCCACUCGAUCCGCAUGUCCGUGGUGUUGCCGUGCAGUCGCCGCGGAGGACCCCGGACGAUAAUCAGAGCCCUCACUCGCGGUCCCUUCGGACGAUAGAUCUGAGCAGCAAUUCUAGUCGAAGUCCACCCGCGGGCCAAACGUGUCUCUCGCCGGAACCGGCGCGGAACCAUCGCCGGUCGGUGUCUCCUCCGACGCGAGGGCCCAUCAUGGUGCCGGGUGUUCCGGCCGGGCUGGUCCGACCGUUCCCGAUGGGAGGCAGUGCGGCCGAGCUGGCGGUUCAGGCGGCCCACAAUCAGCACUUGUUGGCGGCCCAGUUUCAGGCGGCCGCCGCCCAUCUCGCCCACGUUCAAGCCCACGGCCCUGGCGGGUUCCAUGGCCAUCCGGCGCAUCUGCACGGCCACCACCAUCACCAUCCUGCCAACAUUCCGCGCGACAGUUACCCGCUCUACCCGUGGCUGCUGAGCCGACACGGACGUAACGUCUUCCCGCCCCGGUUUCCCGGAAACUACCUGCUGCCAUUUCGAAAACCGAAGCGAGUGCGGACGGCCUUUUCCCCAUCGCAGCUGCUGAAGCUGGAGCACGCCUUCGAGAACAACCACUACGUGGUCGGUGCGGAAAGGAAAACUCUGGCGCAAGCGCUCAGUCUCACCGAAACGCAGGUGAAAGUGUGGUUCCAGAACCGGCGCACCAAACACAAGCGCAUGCAGCAGGAGGAGGAUGCAAAGUCGGGCGGGAACGGUGACGGCAGUGGCGGAGGAACGCGCAGUCCCGGCAGCCCCGGAGGCACCUACGAGGACGACGACGAGGAGGACGAGCUAAUCGACAUGGAGAUGGAUGACGAGUGUCCCAGCGGGGGCGAAGACGACGACGACGACCACGGCGAGGACGACCAUAAUCGUGGAUAA